GCAGUAGAAAGGCAUUGUGUAUCUAUGCUUUUACUGUGAGCUGCAGGAUCAGUACCCUGUGUUGCUUGUCCGUUAAUGUAAUCAUUUGAAAAGUGCGCGAAAAGUGAAAUAGUUUGUGGUCGUUGAAGUGUUAUAUAUCCAUUAAUAGUUUUAACAUUGUGGUAUUACAGAUGUAAGGAUUUUCAUCGAAAUGUCCGCUUUCUCCCUUAGAAAUUCGGAAGGUGAUGAUAGUGAUAAUAGUGAUAUUGAUGAUGUACUGAAGACAAAGCUGGCUGAUUUGGAAAAGGAAGUGAAAGCUUUGCAUUUGCAAAAGGAUGAACUUGAGCAUCUUGUCCAGCAACCUGUAGAGUUCAAGUGUGCUGCAGGCAAGAAACACCUGGCAAGAACAGAAAGCUCUCAGAAACACCUUCUGCAAUUGGAGAAUAAGUUCCUGCUGAAAAAAUUGAUGUUCCACAGACUAUCAGGUGUGGUUACAGCCAAAAGGGAGGGGAAGGAGAUAAUUCUGCAGUUCAAUGCGUCAGUCAGGGGACGCUAUUUUGAGCCAGGUUAUGUCCAUUUCAGGAGGCUGGCUGGAGGUUCCUGGAGUGUGGUACGUUACUUCCUUCAUGAUGCAGUCAAUGUAAGAGAGAUGGCUAAGACCUAUCCCUUGACUGAUGAAGAGGAAUUCAUCCACUUUGUACAGUCUGUUCAGCUGUGUGUAGAAGCUUACAAUGAUAGGAAGUGUCAGAUCACACGUGCAAAGGAGGUGGCACAAUCCAAAGAACUGAAUCUCUUCAGCAGCAUUGACUGCAUGUUCGUGAUGCUCACAGUAAAGGAAAGUAAUAAGCGAUCAUUUCCAGUGACCAUCAGCUUAAUUUAUGAGCCCAGUGGAGUCAGGCCUGUGUCUCUUGAAGCCCAGAGCAAAGGUGCUGAUAAGAAAAUUCUGUCCAAAGCUGCAGAAGAGUUUGAAAUUUUCAAGAAACUGUCUCUGGAUGAAGGUUUGGCCAUUUUAUUUUUGAAGGAAGAGCAGAGCAAUGGAAGCCCUUCACCCGAAGGAAGCAGCAUGUUCCAUGUCUUGGAAGAAGCAGACCACGAGGAUGAGAGAAGAGGCUCUGCUAUGCGGCUGGAUUCAGUUGAGUUGACAAGUGAAAGUGACAGUUCAGAUGUGGGUUCAGCCAAGGUUAAAAGGAAAGGCAUAUCGUUGGGUUCAAGGAAAGGUGUAAACAGACCAAGGAAUCAUGCAGGUUCGAGGCUGGUUAGGGUUUCCCGUGGGAGUUCGAGAGGGAACACAGGAAGAAAUGCUAAUAGGAGUGUAAGAAGGGAUGUAGCGACAAGUUUGAGAAGUAGAGGUAGGAAUAUGAAGAAAAGAAGGUAAAUGACUAAAUCUGAAAGCUUGGAGUGUGUAAAGUGACCAUUUUAUAAUUUUCUGGGACCAUUCUAGAAUGAAGCAAGUAGCACUACUAAACAUUAUUGUUUCAUAAGACAUUUUUACUUCCACAAGUUUGCUGAAUCACUGUAAGAAUACCAUACAGGUUGCAGUACAGGCUCCAGGCUGUUCUGACUUUCAUGGUUUUCCUCAGUCACUCCAGGCAAAUUUUCAGAUAGUACCUCAAUCAGACAAUCACUGCUUCCUUCCAAAUCCUUUCCAGUUCAUGGUCCAUUAGUCAUCCUUUUGUCCAGUGCUAUAGUCUCAGUACUGAAGGCACUGUUAAGUGACCCAUGAAAGAAUUUAAGAAUGAGGCAUAGUAUUCAUUACUACGUAAUUUAUUUGUAUUUAGCAUUGGGUGUAGAGAUUCAGAGCUGUACUUGGGUUUUGUAUUGUUACACUAACUGCUAACCAUGCAGAGGAAGAUGCUAGGAUUCCUUUGGAGACGUGGAUUUCCUCAGAGUAACAUGAAGACAUGAUGAAUAUGUAAUGUCAUUCACAAAUUAAGACUCAAUGAGGGCCAGUGAUUCCCUCCAGAGUAUCUAACAGAGACUUGGCAGGGGAUAAUGGUUGUGGGGAUGAAUGAGGUACCUCCUGUGGGGUAGAUGUUAGGCUUACACAGGGUGGACUGAUUUGUAGUAGCCAUUAUAUUAUAAUUACCUCUUAAGCAUCUGUUCAGCACUGUUGUGGAGAAUUGAUGGUUGGACCCUAUCCCAAGUUGCAGUUUGGUGUCAACUGUGUUCGAUUUUAGUGGCACUGAUUAAUUUGGUCUUGACUAUUUGUUUGAUAUCUGAUGUUACUCAGUAUACAUUCUGCCAUUCCAUCCAGUCUGAGGUUUGCCCUUUGCAAACAAAUAUACCUUUAUAACAUUUUCUUUCAACAAAUUGUGGUUAUGUUUUUGUUUUUGAGUAAUGUUUACAUUUUGUGAGGGCUUGAGGUGUGUUGAAGUGGUGCCUGGAAUAAAUUUUAUCCUCAUUUUGGCAGGGGGCUUUCCUUUUACUGUUGUUGAGAUAUUGUGAUUUUGCUGCAAGUAAGACAUUACAUACUUCUGCAUUAUCGGAGAUUUUCCUUGUGCCACAAGUAAUAUUACUUGUUUUAUAUGGCCUGAUUAACUGUUUGAACGCCUCACUCCAUGGGGCAAUUACUCUCUGAGUGGUCUGGUGAAAAUUUGAGAACUUUCAUAUCAUUAUAUGCAAAAGAAAAUUAAUUUAUGAGAAUGAAAGGGAGGGUCAUUAUUACUCAAUGUUUCUUGGGAUGGGGCCCGUAUAGCAAAGAAUGACAGAAGGCUAGCAAGAACUUGAGAAGUGUUCUUGGGCAGUCAGCCAUGUCAGUGUGGAGUUGGUGUCAACAUCUGAGAGACUGCUUAUCUCCAUCAUCUGGGGUUUAUAUGAUGGGUGUUGCAUUUGCACACUGUUUGGGGGGCAGACAUUCUCUGAAAUGUUGCACGCCAACUGCACAUUGACAUAGCUCAUCAUCCAAAAUGUUUUAAUUGUAUACUGUGGUUGUGAAAGCAUCAGUCAUAUAGUUCCACCAUAUUGAAAUGAUUAUUAAUUGUAAGAUGUGGCCAUCAACAAUAAUUACAUGAACAGUGAACUCACAAUCUGAGGAAUGAUACUACUUAUGGGAUUUUAAACAAAUUCAAUUCUUUAUUACACAAGUAAUUGGUUUGUGUGAAAUCUACAGAUAGUAAUCAUAGUCUGUUUAUAUUGAAUUUGAUACGGGUAGUCAUUGCAUUGCCUCUCACUGUGCAAAUCAUGGGCACUUAGAAAAUUGGUAAUAUGAAACCAUUCCCAUAUAUGGCCCUGCUUACAGCUCAGUCUCUCUCUCAGCAGCAUGUCAGUUUGAUAUGUUGGAAGAGAUCAACUAUGUAAGUUGCAACUUCAUAUGAAAUGUUUUGUUCUUAUGAUACACCUUUGAAAAAGUUUCCCAGCUAAAAAACAUGUUUCUGUUAAAUGCAUGAAGCAGUUGCAGUUCUAUUCUUAAGGUAUGCUAGUUGAGAAAGGAAUCUUGUUAUCAGAGCCAUGUCAUGGCUUCACUACAUGUAGUUAGGAUUUAUGCACACAAUAUGUUUGGUAUAUAUGAAUAACUUCCAACUGAUUUGUGAUGACUUCAUUUUGUGUGUAGGUAUAUAUAUGCCAUAUUUUGAUCCACAUAAUAUCAGGACAAUACACAACUUAUUUUUUGAGUAAAUAUGGUAAUUGAAGUAAGUGAUACAAUGUUUUCUGCAUUUAGGUAUGUUCAGUGUGCAUAACAUUGCUUGAGAGAAUAAUUUUGAUACUGCUGAGCUCUACAACAGGAUUCUCCAAAUGUUUUAAUUUCAGUCAGUUAAAUGAAACAUGAUUUUAAUUGUUUAAGGGGAAUGGGGUAUGGAAUAGGCAUUAAACCCGAUAAUGUGCGGCAGAGUCACAUGCACGCCAAAGCUUUACAUGUACCUCACAGGAGAGCACGGUGCAUCUUGCACAUGACUGAACUUUCACUCACUCACUCACUCACUCACUCACUCAUGGAGCUGAGCCCUUCUUGAGAUGCUGCCACUUGUGCAUU